AUGCCUGUGGCCCUAGGGGUCAUUGUCCUGGGGAGCCGGACAUACGCCCGAAGCAGCCUGGAGACUUUACUGCAGGUGCCCUCCUGGAAUCUGCGGCCCCAGGGACGCCGCCUUCUUCCGCCCACCUGCCUCAAGCAGGCAGGACCAGUGCUGGAGGGCGCCCGCCAUCACUACCAUCGGCUGACAGGUGUGUUCCGCCUCUCCAACGAGGACUACUUCAUCGAGCCCCUGGAGGGUGUGCCUGCCCGUCCUGGCCACGCCCAGCCCCACGUGGUCUAUAAGCGCCAAGCCCCAGAGAGGGGGGCGGAGCUGGGGGGCUCCAGAGCUCCCGGCACCUGCGGGGUACCAGCAUCCACGGAGCCGGAGGCCCGGCGAGAGCGUUGGGAGCAGCGGCAGCAGUGGCGUCGGCAGCGCCCGAGGCGUCUGCAUCAGCGCUCGGUCAGCAGGGAGAAGUGGGUGGAGACCCUGGUGGUCGCCGACACCAAGAUGGUGGAGUACCACGGGCAGCCACAGGUCGAGAGCUACGUGCUGACCAUCAUGAACAUGGUGGCCGGCCUGUUUCACGACCCCAGCAUCGGGAACCCCAUCCACAUUACCAUCGUGCGCCUCGUCCUGCUGGAGGAUGAGGAGGAAGACCUGAAGGUCACGCACCACGCGGACAACACCCUGCGCAGCUUCUGCAAGUGGCAAAAGAGCAUCAACAUGAAGGGGGACGCGCACCCGCUGCACCACGACACCGCCAUCCUGCUCACCAGGAAGGACCUGUGUGCGGCCAUGAACAGGCCCUGUGAGACCCUGGGCCUGUCCCAUGUGGCGGGCAUGUGCCAGCCGCACCGCAGCUGCAACAUCAACGAGGACACGGGCCUGCCGCUGGCCUUCACGGUGGCCCACGAGCUCGGACACAGUUUUGGGAUUCAGCACGACGGAAGCGGCAAUGACUGCGAGCCCGUGGGGAAACGGCCUUCCAUCAUGUCUCCACAGCUCCUGUACGACACCGCCCCCCUCACCUGGUCCCGCUGCAGCCGCGAGUACAUCACCAGGUUCCUGGAUUUCCAGAGUGCAGGUCGUUACCUCGAUGAAGUUGAUGCCUCGGUCACCCUGGGCCAGAUCCUCUGGUUCACCCUCUUCAGAAAGUGGUCCCCACCCUCUGCAGGUGGCUACACGGGGUUGGGAGCAGGUGUGGGGUCUGAGGUCUCCUGUCCCCAGUCUUGCUGGCGCUCCAGCCUCCAUGGCUCCCUGGGGCCCUAA